AAACAAUUGUCACUUUUUUCUUUCAACAGUUUUGCUCGGAAAAAAUCAGUCAAUCGCAGAUUUUUCGGAGUUGUUGAAUUUACUUCUUUGUGCUUUUAAAAUGUCCGGUCUGGUCCGGCUUAAUAGCAAGGCAUUGCUGGUGCGCAACCUAAUCCAACAUUCAGCUCGCAAUGCCCGGUUGAUUUCAUCGUCCCAGAAGAAUCGUGAUGCGGCAACCAUCGACGCAAGCAAGAAGAUUGCUGCAAAACCUGCCGAACCAGCAGCAGCAGUUUCCACCAACAAAAACUGGGUUAGCUACGGUUUCGACUAUAAGGAUGAGGCAACCGAUCGCAACGCAACCAAAUCGUCGUUCUUCUUCUCCGUCACAGUGUGCCUGGUGUUUGGUACGUUCUACUGGUGCUAUCUGCCGGACCCGCAGCUACGAGAUUGGGCCCAACGGGAAGCCUAUCUGGAGCUGAGACGUCGCGAGGCAGCCGGUUUGGAACCGAUCAGCAAGGACUUUAUUGAUCCGUCGCAGAUUACGCUGCCGUCCGAUGAGGAGCUGGGUAACACCGAGGUCGUCAUCUAAAUCGAGGAGGCAGAUAAACUUUUUUUAAUUUUACUACCGUCAAUAAGAGGGGAUUAUGUAACCAUACGGCUGCCCACAAGCUGCGGGGUGAAAACAACUCACCAGCGCUUGUACAUAAUAAGGUGAACUUGUAGCAACAGUUUAGCGCCCGCAGGAUCGGAUUUUGCUGGGCGGUUGAAUAAAAUUUAGGAUAUUUCAAAAAGAAGAUACCUAAUGCGA